AGCUCACUCUCUCCUCUCUCUCUCUCUCUCUAUGUACACAUCAAAGUCCAUCUUCCUCUCUCUUUCACUCAUCACUUUUAACUUCCCACUUGUAAACACACUCUCUAACUUCUCCUUUCUACAGACUCUUUCUCUCUAACUCCUAUUUCUCUCCAUCUCUAAACUGGGACUAGGGAUGAUUAUCAGAACCCACCCAGAAGUCGCACUCUCAUGAUUCUGAAUCAGACGGUGCAAAAUCUAUCAAAAUGGGCCCCUAUGACUCUUCAAUCUCAGCCGGCAGCAGCAGUGGGAGCUCAUCAUCAUGCGCCGGCAAACCACCGGAUCAGAUCGACGGCCUCCUUGCCGGAGCCGGGUACGAGGUCCGGUCGUCGGAGCUCUGUCAGGUCGCACAGCGUCUCGAACGCCUCGAAACUGUCAUGGUCAACGCCCCUACCCAAAUCACUCAUCUCGCAAACGACGCCGUUCACUACAACCCUUCGGACCUCGCCUCCUGGGUCGACUCAUUGCUCUCCGAACUCAAUCGACCCGUCCCGGUAACAGUGCCAUCGGAUCUAUCGGAGUACUCGGAUCUUACUUACGUCGAAAGCGUGGCGGGACCCGCUGUAAAUCAGACGGCAGAUACAAACGCGUGGACGGACCAUCAUGCGCCUCAGCAACCCCAGCAGGAUAUUCCUCAACAGUUAACGGCGAUGGAGGAAGAUUCCGGUAUCCGGCUAGUACACGUUUUGCUGACGUGUGCGGAGUCAGUCCACCGUGGGGAGUUCUCACUGGCUGGUUCAUUGAUUGAGGAAAUGCAGGGUUUGCUGACACGUGUGAACUCCGGAUGUGGCAUCGGCAAAGUCGCCGGCUACUUCAUCGACGCGCUGAGCUGCCGGCUAUUUGCGCCGCAAGGGGUCGCCGCAAUCGGCUCGGCUUUUGAAAAUGAGAUACUUUAUCAUCACUUCUAUGAAGCUUGUCCCUACUUAAAAUUCGCUCAUUUCACUGCGAAUCAAGCCAUCUUAGAAGCAUUUGAGGGUCAUGAUUGUGUCCACGUCAUUGACUUCAAUUUGAUGCACGGUCUGCAAUGGCCUGCGUUGAUACAGGCUCUUGCCCUACGUCCAGGUGGGCCACCAUUUCUCCGAUUGACCGGCAUUGGUCCACCAUCACCGGACGGUCGUGAUUCGCUUAGGGAAAUCGGGUUACGACUGGCCGAGUUAGCCCGAUCCGUCAACGUCCGGUUCACGUUUCGUGGAGUAGCGGCUUCACGGCUCGAUGACGUGAAGCCGUGGAUGUUACAAGUGAACCCAAGAGAAGCUGUGGCUGUGAAUUCCAUCAUGCAGCUCCAUCGGCUACUAGCGUCGGACGACUCCAUCCCCGGGUCCCCGAUCGACAAUGUUCUCGGAUGGAUCCGGAACUUGAAUCCGAAAAUAAUGACGGUUGUGGAGCAAGAAGCAAAUCACAACCAACCCGGAUUCUUGGAGCGGUUCACAGAAGCUCUGUAUUACUAUUCAACAAUGUUCGACUCGCUUGAGGCUUGUUCAGCUCAGCUGGAAAAAGCCUUGGCCGAGAUAUACAUACAGAGGGAGAUAUGUAAUGUGGUGUGUUGUGAAGGUUUGGCAAGGGUGGAGAGACAUGAGCCGUUAGCCCAGUGGAGGGGUCGGCUUGGUGGAGCUGGGUUCAGAGCAUUGCACUUGGGUUCAAAUGCAUUCAAGCAAGCCAGUAUGUUGCUGACUCUGUUUUCGGCUGAGGGGUAUUGUGUGGAAGAGAAUAAAGGGUGUCUGACGCUGGGGUGGCAUAGUCGGCCUCUCAUUGCGGCUUCGGCUUGGGAAGCCAUGCCUGACCCAAACCCUCCACUUGGUACUAUGAUACUAAAUCAUCACGUACAAUAAUGGUGUUGUAAAAUCUGUAACUGGCUCUGUCGUCGACUCGGUUUUUUUUUUUUUUGUUUGUUUUUUUUUUUUUUUUUGUCACAGUUUUCUUCUUACCUUCACUUGAAUGUGAUAUUACUUUAGGAAAAGUGCUUCCUUCUUUUCGUCUCCACUUAUAAUUUGCAUCUUCUAAUCUAUUCAUGA